GGAAAAAGCGGGAGCGGAAGUGUCAGGAGGAGAAGGCGGCGGCCGGCCGUUUGGUUCACGUUAAAAUGACGACCCUAGUGCUGGAUAACGGAGCCUACAAUGCCAAAAUCGGUUACAGCCAUGAAAAUGUGUCGGUAAUUCCUAACUGUCAGUUCAGGUCAAAAACAGCACGUCUUAAAACUUUUACUGCUAACCAGAUAGAUGAAAUAAAGGACCCUUCUGGACUCUUUUACAUCCUUCCUUUUCAGAAGGGCUACUUGGUGAAUUGGGAUGUUCAAAGACAAGUUUGGGAUUACCUUUUUGGAAAAGAAAUGUAUCAGGUUGAUUUUUUAGAUACCAAUAUUAUUAUUACAGAACCAUACUUUAACUUCACUUCAAUUCAAGAAUCAAUGAAUGAAAUCCUGUUUGAAGAGUAUCAGUUCCAAGCAGUCUUAAGAGUAAAUGCUGGUGCUCUCAGUGCACAUAGGUAUUUUCGAGAUAAUCCUUCCGAAUUAUGCUGUAUCAUUGUAGAUAGUGGAUAUUCCUUUACACAUAUAGUUCCUUACUGUAGAAGUAAAAAGAAAAAAGAAGCAAUUAUUCGGAUAAAUGUGGGAGGAAAACUCCUAACCAAUCAUCUAAAGGAGAUCAUCUCUUACAGGCAGCUACAUGUUAUGGAUGAAACACAUGUGAUUAAUCAAGUGAAAGAAGAUGUGUGCUAUGUGUCCCAGGAUUUUUAUAGAGAUAUGGAUAUUGCAAAGUUGAAAGGAGAAGAAAAUACAGUAAUGAUAGACUAUGUUUUGCCUGACUUUAGUACAAUUAAAAAGGGCUUUUGUAAGCCAAGGGAAGAGAUGGUGUUAAGUGGAAAAUAUAAAUCUGGGGAACAAAUUCUUCGUCUGGCCAAUGAGAGAUUUGCUGUUCCAGAAAUACUCUUUAAUCCUUCUGAUAUAGGCAUUCAAGAAAUGGGUAUUCCAGAAGCUAUUGUCUAUUCAAUUCAAAACUUACCUGAAGAAAUGCAGCCGCAUUUUUUUAAGAACAUUGUUUUGACAGGAGGAAAUUCCCUUUUCCCCGGAUUUAGAGAUCGGGUUUACUCAGAAGUUCGAUGUCUCACUCCAACAGAUUACGAUGUUUCAGUUGUGCUGCCUGAAAACCCUAUUACUUACGCCUGGGAAGGUGGAAAAUUGAUAUCAGAGAAUGACGAUUUUGAAGAUAUGGUAGUAACAAGAGAAGAUUAUGAAGAAAAUGGACAUAGCGUCUGUGAAGAGAAAUUUGAUAUUUAAGAAACAUUCUGAAUUAAAGUUUUGACUGGUUGUGAUUGAAA